UUGGCUGCUUGCUGAUUGCUUUCUGGUCAUUGGUCCGCAGACUGCACUACUGCCCCUGUGACCCCGUCUGAUCACAGCAAAACCGAAAGAUUGAGGUCGAAGAAAAAGCGAAAGAUGGAGCAGACUUUCAUCAUGAUCAAACCUGAUGGCGUCCAGAGAGGCUUGGUAGGUGAGAUCAUUAGCAGGUUUGAGAAGAAAGGUUUCUCCUUGAAAGGGUUGAAGCUUAUGAGUGUGGAACGUCCCUUUGCUGAGAAGCAUUAUGAGGACCUGUCAUCAAAGCCUUUCUUUGAAGGCCUAGUUGAUUAUAUUAUUUCUGGUCCUGUUGCUGCUAUGGUAUGGGAAGGUAAAAAUGUUGUUGCAACUGGUCGGAAGAUCAUUGGUGCCACUAAACCUUCAGAGUCGGAUCCCGGCACCAUCCGUGGUGAUUUUGCAGUUGAAGUUGGAAGGAAUGUCAUUCAUGGAAGCGAUUCAGUUGAGAAUGCUAAGAAAGAGAUUGCACUGUGGUUCCCUGAUGGCACAGUGAACUGGCAGAGCAGCCUUCAUUCCUGGAUCUACGAGUGAAAUUUUCCCAUUGGUGGGUUGCUAUGCUAUGAAAACAAUAAGAGUCAUCCUGGUUAUUUCUUUUUUCUGUGGGCAACUAUGGUUUCCAACAACCAGUGCAUACAUUCUAGUCAAACGAGGAAGCUUGGUUUUGCUUCCUCUAAUAUCCCUAGAACAUUUCCUCUGAUGUGUGUAACUGCUAUGAACUGAGAAAUCUUGGCAUAUGCAUGAGUAAUACUAAGAAAAUUAGCUUUAUAUAUAA